AUGACAACCUCUGUACUCUCCUCAUCAUCUCUCUUGGUCAUUGAUGAACGAUGUGUUGAUAAUAGUACAUACACUAAGGGCAAAGGCAGGCUUUGCAGAUGAGAUAGCAUUAAGAUACACGUUGAACGGUGGUGUAAAUUAGCAUGAAGGACGGGGUUAGCGGAGUUAGCUUUGAUCAGCAGCUCCCCGAAUUAACGUAUGGUUGACACGUACAAUCUCAGAGUUUACCUCGGAGCUCUCCACUAAGGUAGCUGACAGAAGGGAAGACCUCUUCUGACAACCAUGGCGCCACAUCCAGUAGUCCAGGCCAUCAUUGAUCUCUCUUCAGGAGCCAUAGGGGGAGCUGCAUGUGUCUUCAGCGGGCAGCCUCUAGACACAGUAAAGGUCAAAAUGCAGACCUUUCCUACGCUGUACCGGGGUUUCAUCCACUGUUUUGCAUCUACUUACAAACAAGUGGGUCUGCGUGGGCUCUACCAGGGCACUACUCCGGCACUGAUGGCCAAUAUUGCAGAGAAUGCCGUGCUCUUCAUGAGUUACGGUUUCUGUCAGCAGGUCAUCCGCUUCACAGCCGGCCUGCACAGCGAGGCUGUGCUGAGUGACGUGCAAAAAGCCUGUGCUGGCUCAGUAGCGUCCAUCUUCUCAUCACUAGUGCUCUGCCCCACUGAGCUUGUCAAGUGUCGGCUACAAGCCAUGCAUGAAAUGGAAACAUCAGGGAAGAUUGCCAGUACCCAAAACACUGUGUGGUCAGUGGUGAAAUCCAUUAUCAAGAACGAGGGACCAGUGGGCUUCUUCCAGGGCUUAACCACCACCAUAGCAAGAGAGGUCCCCGGUUACUUCUGCUUCUUCGGUGCCUACGAGCUCUGCCGCACAGCUUUUGCAGACUACAUGAAAUGUGACAAGGAUAACAUAGGUGUGGCUCCAAUUAUGUUCAGCGGUGGUUUCGGAGGAGCGUGUCUGUGGUUGGUGGUCUACCCCAUGGAUUGUGUCAAAUCUCGUAUCCAGGUCAUGUCUAUGACAGGGAAACAGGCAGGAUUUUUCAAAACCUUCAUGACCAUCACUCACACUGAAGGUGUGAGGGCACUCUACUCUGGUCUUACCCCCACUAUGGUCCGCACCUUCCCUGCUAAUGGAGCACUGUUUCUGGGUUACGAGGCCAGCCGGAAGCUCCUGAUGAAGCAGUUUGACAGCUAAAAUGGUCCACAUGCAUAACGCAAAUGAAAAAACGGUUAAGUAUUAUAGCCAUAUGACCUUACGUGUGGGAUCUGAGAUACUGCCACACAUCCAAUCUCCUUUGAGAGUGCAAAAACUCACUUUUGACAUAGUGUUUACAUCAUAAUAUUAAUCUGGUUCUUGGAUAUGAGUAUUUUUAAUUUUUUGAUUUUUAAUACUCCCAAAAACACCAAAAUGCCAAGUAUGUAAAAAAACGAUACACUCAUCGGCCACUUUGUUAGGUACACCUGUUCAACUGCUCGUUAACCCAAAUAUCUAAUCAGCCAAUCACAUGGACGCAACUCAGUCCAUUUAGGCAUGUAGAUAUGGUCAAGUCAACCUGCUGAAGUUCAAACUGAGCGUCGGAAUGAUGGAAGGAGGGAAAUUUUCAUCAUGGAUGUGCGGCCGACAAGUCUGCAGCAACUAUGUGAUGCUUUCAUGUCAAUGUGCACCAAAAUCUCUGAGGAAUGUUUCCAGCACCUUUUUGAAUCUGUGUGAUGAAGAAUGAAGGCAGCUCUGAAGGCCAAAGGAGUCCAACACAGUACUAGCAAGGUGUUCCUAAUAAAGUGUCUCAUGAACAUUAUCUGUAGCACAGUAUUGAGCAAGCAGCCUCUCUAUGAGGAACUACCUAUUUCAUUUAACUUACUUAAAGCAUGGUGUAAUGACUACAAUAAUGUUUUCAUUGUGGAAUGAAAACAUGGCAGCUAUGUGUCCACCUCUGUUUUGGGUCACAUCUUGGUUUUAUUUGGGCAAGUCUGCCUACAAAUUCUGCUGCUUUCAAAAGAAACCUCAAUCUGCCAGCCAGUGUUAUAAAUCUGAACCUGAUUUUUCUUUUUUUAUUAUCCUCGUCAUACUAUAUUCCACUCCUGUUGUGAUUCUCUAGUAAUUUGAGACCCGCAACAAUCUUUUUCAUAUUUCUUGUAUAACCCUUUUAUUUUUCUUGUAUGCCAUUGUGGAAGAACUGCCUGAUUGUGUGACAUUUUCCACCACUCCCCACCAGUAGAUAUUUUAUCCAGAAAGUGCUAACAAUUUCAGAUAACACUGAAAUAUUUGUAGAUCAUUUCUGAUAUUUAUUGUGCUAAUAUGGCCCACAUUAAAGGUGUCAAUGAAGAA